UAAGUAACGUAAAAAAGGACUUGCUAGUCAAAAAUGAAUAAAAAGCUUCCAAGUGUCCGGUUUUAAUCUGAAGAUGUAUAAAUUAUAUUUUAAAUCCGGGAAAUUAGCGAGAUUACUACAGCAAUAAAAAAGACAACGAAAUAUGUAAAUAAGUGAUAUAUAAAGCAAACAAUUCUCUGGAAUAAUUAACUUUAAUUUGAAGUACAUGCAACAAUCGAUCGCGAUCGAUCCACAAAGUGAAAUCCACUUGGUUAUGGCGAAUCUUCUACCAAAUGUUAUAAUUAUAAUUAUAAUUUGUGGAUUUUUUAUUACUGCCCUAUUAAUUAUUCAUUUUUUGUCUGACAUAUUAAAGGGCGCUUUGGGUGCCUUUCAUACACAUCAGACGUUAUCGCAAUUAGUAGAAUCCCAAGCCAAAGAGUACUCUUGGUUUCUGAAAUUGCUGGUCAACUGUUUCGGUUAUAGUUGCAUAUUUGUACCUGGUUACUUAGUUUAUAAAUAUGUGCAGCGCACAAAUUAUUUAGAAGUUUGCGAUAAAUCCCUUUUCCACGUCGCGGUUCGUAUGUGCAUCAAAGGAAACGAUUUGGAACCUAACGAUACUUUGCAAGUUAAAUCCAACAAUCAAACUGCACCAGCGUCGGCGAAACUAACGACUCUGCCAUCGUCUUUUCCUUUGUUGGCAAGUAAACCUAAACGUUCUAACCCGAACGAGGUAUUUUUAUUAGUAUGGUGUUUCGGCGGUUUGAUGGUGUCAUAUUUGACAUGGGGUGUUUUGCAAGAGAAGAUCAUGACUCAAAAAUAUUACAGUUUUUCUUCUGGUGAAAAAACACAUUUUAAGGAUUCACAAUUUUUGGUAUUUUGUAAUCGCAUAUUAGCUUUUUUGGUAGCUCUCGGUUGGUUGCAAUGUGGAUCGACUGCCAAACGACACAAAGCUCCUUUAUACAAAUAUUCUUUCGCUUCGUUUUCAAAUAUCAUGAGCGCUUGGUUUCAAUAUGAGGCUUUGAAAUUUGUUAAUUUUCCCACCCAAGUUUUAGCUAAAUCAUGUAAAAUCAUACCUGUCAUGCUAAUGGGUAAAAUUUUGUCGAAAACUAAGUAUGAGUUCUAUGAAUAUUUCACUGCCAUCCUAAUAUCAUUAGGCAUGAUCUUUUUUAUGACUGGGUCAGCUGAUGGCACCAAAGCUAGCGGAGUAACGACUUUAACUGGUGUAUUUCUUUUAGCUAUGUACCUCGUCUUCGAUAGUUUUACAGCCAAUUGGCAGAGUGACCUGUUUAAAUGUUACGGCAUGACAUCUCUGCAAAUGAUGUGCGGCGUUAAUAUUUUUUCUACAAUAUUUACCGCUGCAUCUUUAAGCGUUCAAGGGGGUUUUAUGGACUCUUUGGCAUUUGCAUCAGAGCAUCCGAAAUUCAUUUUUGAUAUAAUUAUACUGUCAAUUAGUUCAGCAGUUGGCCAAUUGUUUAUAUUCUAUACGAUCUCGGUGUUUGGGCCAGUUGUCUUUACCAUAAUUAUGACCCUACGACAGGCGGCUGCCAUAUUGCUGUCUUGCUUUAUUUAUCAUCACACAGUAACAACUUUGGGCAUACUUGGUGUUGUAAUUGUAUUCUUAGCUAUCUUUCUGAGAGUGUAUUGUAAUCAUCUAAUAAAAGCCAGGCGUAAAAAAAGGGCCGAGUGUCACAAACCUAAAUUGGCUGUGUAAUCAUGGAACUUGAUGCAAUUUUUAUACCCAUCACCGAAGGAUGAGGGAUGUAUUUAUUUUGUCAACACGUUUGCAACGCCCGCAAGGA